AGUUAAGAUUAUGGAAGGAUUCUCGCCAAGGACUCGGGUAUAGGAGUGAAAGCAAACUCCAUUAUUGUUUCCUCCUGUUAUCUCUAUUGUCCGUCAUAGUAACUUAAUAUAAACGUGUGUUCUGGGGAUGGUGACUGACAACUUUAAUUUUCCUCCUGUUGUUACUGUUGGAAGUCUUGUCAGCUUAAUAUUGUUGUCAUAGAAGAAUGGGAUGAGAUGGUUACUCUGUUGAUUAAAGUUGAAGCUGCCAAUUGAUGUUUUCUCCUCUAAAUCACUACAAUACUGUACACAUCUCUGUAUCCCUCGAGGCUUCUACAGGUGGAAUAACAUGUCAUCAUUGAGACAAGUGAAGAACCUCCUGCCUCUUGCCUCUUUAGGAUGGCUGUACCUAGUCCAGGGGAUCCCCUAUGGCCUUCAGGAUAAAUUUAUUCCUGUCCAGCUUCGAUCACACGGCUUAAAGUAUUCAAGUGUGUCGCUGCUGAAGGUGCUGUUAGUGCCAUGGGUAGCCAAGGGGUUAUUGGCGCCCCUGGUGGAGGUGUGGGGUGGGAGGCGUCGCUGGCUUCUCAUCUCCCUCCUGGCUCUUGGGGUGUCUGCUUGUUCAGGUUCAUUCACGGCACCAGCCGAUGUGAUGGGGAUAGGAUGUAUGUUGCUGGCCCUGAACAUAUUCUCAGCCAUACAAGAUGUAGCAGUUGACGGCCUGGCUCUACAAGUACUCCCUGAUGAACAGCUUGGCCUAGGUAACACUGUGCAGGUAGUGUUGUACAAGGUGGGCAGCCUUAUAGGAGGGGCAGGACUCACCUACCUCUUAGCCUUUACAAGUUGGACUGUCACCUUCAUCAUGUUGGCUCUUGUAUAUUUCUUUACUGCUGCCUUUGCCUCUUGUCUGUCAGUGGAGAAAAAUAUCCCAGUGAGUCAACCUAGCCCAGAGAUCCAACGGGGAACUGCGACCAAACACACACAGUCACAAGAUCAACCUUUAUAUCAUAUUGAGGAACGUGCGCGUCACAAGCCAACGACAGAAACGUCUCUCCGAAGCCCGGGCGAAUCACGAGCUAAACAGAUACGUGAUAUUUUGAAGGAAGUCGUUCACACACCAGGAACAUUGUGGUUAAGUGUUUACGUUGUGUUGUAUAAGAUGGGUGAGAGAGGAGCCAUUAAUAACAUGCCAUUGUUUCUCCUGGACAAGGGAAUAUCCAAACAAACAUUAGCCUUUUGGAAUGGAACAGUGUGUCAGGGUCUCUCAAUACUGGGGUCAUUCUAUGGGGGAAUACUUUUAGCAAAACCAAAUGCUAAUGUUAAAACUUUAUUAAUACAAUAUUCUUUGUAUAGAUUAUUUGCUAUUAUGAUUCAUAGUUUUGUGGUAAUUGUUUUAGACGAGUUUGGUUUUCUAAAGAAUGUGUUUGUUUUGCAUCAACUAGGUGUAGGAGGUAUGUGUUUAUUAAGCUACAGCAGUGGAGUGGUAUCUACCGCUUCAUUCACCCUCAUGAUGCAGAUCAGUAGACAGUGCAGCAAGGAGACACAAGCCAGUCAUUAUAAUGCUCUCGCCUCCAUAGAGAUUGCUGGUAAGCUCAGUUUUGCAGCAUUUGCAGGAUGCAUUAUUGAUUUUGUUGGAAUGUCUUGGGCAUUUACAUUAUUCACAAUCCUGUGUACAUUUCCACUGUUGGUAUUGAAAGCAAUGCCUGAUCAGUUGUGUCAUUUAAAGAAAGAGUAGAAGUGCAGUAUUUUGUGUUUACUUAUUUUAAUACGGGGUAUAUCAUUUUUCUACUUACUAGCUUACAUUAUCGUCCAGUGUUAGUAUAGGAGGAAACACUAGUUAACGCUCCUCUCACGUGUGUCUCGGGUCAGGACUAGAACCCAUGACGUGUUGGUGAGUGAUACGUGUGUGUCGGCCAUACCACCAACACCCCUGUGUACCACCGCCUAGCACGGGUAUCCCUGGAGAAACUGAUGGGUUAGGUUCCCCCCAAAAAAACAUUCGUUAGGUGAAUUUUUGUACCAAAUAUAAAAACAUAUGGGAGAAAUAGGGUUUGUUUCCCCAUUGAAAAAAUACAGUACUUCAAUAUCAUGCCCCAAUAACAUGAAAUUGAUUCACAAACAAUAACAAAACUUGCCUAACUAAUGAUAAAUAGUACACAGCUACUCUAGUUUACUAUCUAACACAGGGAAAAAGUUUAUAAAGUACUGUUUAACUCUGGUAGAUUACCUUACGGGAGGGGGUAACAUGUGGGAUGAAUGGGAGGUUCUACCCGUCCUCAGUGACUGCCAGGCUAAGCAGUUGAUGUACAUCACUUCCACCAGAGGUUUGUGUGUGGAAGAAGCUAUUUGUUGUACAUAAAAUAAUAUACUAUACUCUACCAGUAAUUGUUAGGAAUAAAUAAAAGAAUAGAUAAAAAUACUGCAUUGCCAUCUGGAAAUCUUAUCACCAGCACGAGACAGCAGAGCUGUGAGAACAGCCCUCCCACUGCCUCUUGUGCUACCAAGCUCACAGCUUGGAUGGAGGCUAAGAUACCAACGCUACAUGGUAGCAGUAUGGCCACUUGAAAUUUUCUUGUUGUAUGGAUACACAGUAUAUCUUUAUUUUGACAAGGAGUUAUGAGGUUAAUCCUUGGUUAGUUAUUAUGCCUUUGACAUGAUAAAGAAAGAUGAAGUAGAGAAUGAGGAGAGUUAUAAAAUGAUAACCUCUGAGGAUAAUAACAUGUUUUAAAAAAGGCCAUUAGUAAUGAAGGCCCAUUAGGGAUAGUGUGAAUACAACACACCCUUAUAAUAGUAAGUCCUAAGUACACAAGGAGGCAGCAUGGCUGACACUACACUCCUUCCCUAACUUGUAAGUCGGGUACCCAUUUACAUCAGGAAUCAAACUACUGACUCUUAGAACAGGAGGCGAGUGCUGCAUCCACUUAGCCGCUGCACCUUUCUAUUAGUAAUGCUGGUUACCAAAUACUGUACUGUUUACCUUCCUGGAAACUUGUGAAUACUGUACAGGAAUACAGAAUUUGCAAAUGUGGCUUCCUAGAUUCAGUGGGAAAUGGGGUUAGGUUCCCAAGUGUGACUGAAUAUAGGGGAGAAGGUGACGCAGCACAGUUGAUGAGACUAAACUUUGAAAUAUUUUCACCAUACAUGGCUGACAUUCUUCCCGGUCCUUUAGAAAGUGCUAUGUUAGUGGAAAACUUGGACAUAGGUGUGAUAUGAUAAGUGUUUAAGAACAAUGAAUAAAGUGAGUAAAUUACAUUUACUGUAUACCUAGCUGUUCUUUCUUCUGCUUUUAUGAUAAUGAUAAAGACAAUGAAGAUGAUGAUGUUAAUGAUAAGGAAAUCGGAAUAUUGAUGAGAGAGAGAGAGACUGUUAUGAGCAAUGUUCCAUUUGUCUUUUUCAUAAGGACAACCAGGUGCUAUUUGCUCGUUUAAGCAAAUGUUUGUUGAAAUGUAAUACUUUUAGAGGAAGUACUACAGUGUACUGGACUGAUGCAUUACAGGAUGACCUAUCAGCUUCAAGUACUACAGAAAUAGUAUGGUAGCCUACCACUUACCUCAAUCUGUUGAAAACACUUCCUAACUGAACUAAAUAAAAGUCAUAUUAUGUGUUUAUGGUGACGUGAAUUGAAGAUCUGUGGACAUGUAAGAAGAAAUAAAUUUGACUAAUAAACCAGCACAAUUUUA